AUGGCAAUGGACAGUGUACCGUUCCAAGCAGCAGCAGGGAACACAGACGGUCACCGGGACGAAGCCGCAGCCAACCAGUACUUCUUACAGCUACUCCAGGAAAACCGGCAGGUGAACGUAUUCGUCAAUGAGCCCAGGGUGCAGGCCGCUCUCGCGCUUCGUGCAGAACGCAGGCAUCAGCUCGAACAGCAGUAUGACAACUUGAUUGUUGAUGUUGAGGAUCACAACGCGGAGCUUAUAACUGAGGCCAACCCACCGCAAGGUGGUGCCCCGCCGGUGAAUGUAGUUGGCCACAGUGAGAGCUCCGCCGAGGUGGUGCCCCAGCGCCGGGGAAAUUCCGGAGCGUCAACUGCUGAGCAGAGUGAGCAAGCCGAACAGGCGAACCCUAAGGAGGCUACUGAAAUUCUUGCAGAGGCUCUCAAGUCAGGUACCUGCAAGAGCGGCAAGAACUGUCCGUUUAUGCACGAAGACGCCAGUCCGUCAGUCCCGGCCAAGGGCGAAGGUGGCAAAGGCGGAAAGCCGAGAUCUGCGUCGUCGAAGCUCAGGCGCCCCAGUAAGAAGAGGGCUAAGAGUUCCGAGAAAACGGCUGCAUGCUGUCUCUCGUCCUCAGCCGCCCUCACGGGUGUGUCGUUGCACGAUACUGCAAGUCGCCAUGCGCUAGCCGCCCGCAAGGGCGAUGCCACGAAGCGUGAUCAUUGGGUUGUCGAUGAGCACAAGGGCACCUGCACUAGGAUUCACCAGAAGGCCUUUGUUGAGAAAACCUAUAACUUCAAGACUCGAGAUCACCCGGAACGCUACGAGAGGUGGAUCGGAACUACGACGUUCUACUUGAAACCCAAUGCCAUGAAGGUUCAGUUUCUGAGACCCGAAAUCAUUGAAAUCGCACCCGAAGGUGAGGGUUGGGAUUUCACUGUGGAAAAGAAGAUCUACGACAUGAGGCACAAAACCGCGGAAGAUUGUCCACAGCCCGACCGCGAUAACAGCAAGUAUGCCUUCGGUUCGCUGCUCGUCCUCCUUCUGGCUGCCUUUUGUGGGGCCUGCUUUGGACUUCUGCUGGGGAUCUUCCUUUUCCGUGGAAUUCUCCUCACCCCUGUGGCCCAGGCCGCUUUUGCUUCCGAGCCUCCGGCUCCUCCUGCUCCAGAGCUCGAGGACGAUCCUAGCAACGGCUGGGACCUUGCAGGUCUCCAGGCAGGCGCCGUGCUCCGUGCCGAGCAAGACUUCCCGAACGCCACCCCGCACUUGGCCGUACGUAGCAGGUGUUAUAUUGUUCUUUUGUGCCGCGGCGACCGCACGGUCCGCUACUUCACUUCUUUUGCCCUUUUCAAGCAGUACACCGAGCCUUUGGAAGGAAGUCGCAGGCGUGGAGUUCCCCGACCGCCAAACAUGGAACUAGUGAAGGAGUUUCUGGACUCUCCUGGCGACUCAGGUUGCCUGGUAAUGGACUGGCCCGAUGUACCUCCCCGGUCCUGUGUCAUCACCCCUUUGCUGCUUCGCGAAGGCGGCUUCCUAGCUGUGAUCCCUUCGGGUUUUCUAGAUGGAGGGCUCUUGAAAGCAGGCCUCGAUGGUCCCCCCGACUCUCUGAUCGGGCCCUGGUGCGAGGCAGUCGUGGCAACCGCCGAAGAGGAGGAGGAUGGACAGAUCAAUGCCAACGGGGAGACCGCCACUGUGCUCCUCAUCGACUUAGGUGCGGAGGUUAUGGGCUACCUGGGGCGUUACGAUCCAGUAACAUCCUUCUCGGAGGCCUCGCCUUUUGUGAGCGGAUCGCCUCAUCAAGACCAGGACGCUCUGCGGGUCGCCCUAGACUGGGUCCGGACCCUCACUGGCGAAAAGCUGGCCUUCUACUCUGCAGCAGAGGAGGCCGAUCCAGCAAAGAAGGAGCAGGGGGAGGAGCCACAAAAACGGAAGCCGGCCAAGGCGAAAAGGGCUACCAACGCCCAACUGAUGGAACAGCUGGAGUCGAUGAUGACCCUGCUUCCAAGCCUGGCCCAGCAAAUGCAGAGCCUCUCCGAGAGGCAACGUGCCCUCGAGCAGCGGCCUUCUGUCGCCGCCUCCUCAGCCAUGCCUCCUGCUGCAGGCGUUCCCUAUCACGCACCCGUCCUUGUGCCGCCUCCUCCCCGUCAGGAGCCGGCCCGCGAGGACGAGAUCGCCGUCGACGAUGCAACGGGAGAGAUAAAUUUUUAUGCAGGCCGGCAAAAUCCGAUAGCGGAGGCUAUGCUGCCCCUCGGCUCGCUGGUGUCGCACUUGAUUGCCCAGGCAGAUGGGAUCGAUCCGGGCCUGUCGGGCACCAUGACCUCCUCCCUCCGGGUGUCUCAGCAAGCGCUAAGGAGGCUCUCCCCUUCAGAGGCCCUGCCGACCAGCCGAGAGGAGCUGUCCUCCCGCCGCUCUGUCUUCACCACGUACGGCGAGCGAUUCGGAGGUUUUGGGUCCCAAAGGUCCUUGGGGACAGUCUUCUGGCUGCUUUCGAACAUAGCCGACUGCCUUAUUUCCGGGGAUGUGGCCGGAGCUGAGGAGCUCACGGCACUCAGCCUGAUAGCGACCGAGCAAAGUGCCCAGGACGGGGGAUCCUGGGAGGUGGCUUACCUUCUCAGCCUCCUGGAAAAUCCACCUCAUCCAGCACAAACCUCAGACUGGAGUGCGAAUCCGCGACUCAGAGCGUUCGGGGGCCUGACGCCUCCGAAUUGGGCGACCACGACCCUCUCUUACAUUCGGGAGAUAGACUUGAUCCAGACCCGGAGGAACGAGGCGACCCACGGCCGACCGAAAGCACCAAACCAGGACGCAGAUGCGGUGGCGACGGCCCUCUGCCUGCGUCUCCCGGCCGCGGCCUUCUUAGCUUCCGGGCCUACGGUCUCUCUCUGGCUGCCCGGAUCCUUCGCACCAGGGGCGCUUUUGGCAAAUUUCUUGGCACUGCGCUGCAUCUCCUUCGGGACUCCUCUCCUAGUCCCGUCCAGGCCCUUUUCCCUUUGCCGGUGCCUUUCCCGGGAUGCUUUGAACACGUCCCGCCCUCUAGGUCUUCCCGAGUUAGGCAGGAGGGUUGUACACGUCGCCGUGAUGGCUUGUAACUUCCUUUUCUUUGGCGGCCCCCCUUCUCCCUUGAGGGCAUUAAGCCACCGGCCGAACGCGGCACAGACCCGGGCCAUCUCUUAUGUUACCCGCCUGUGCCAGGCCUGCGGUGCCGUCGAGCCAUUUGCAGUGAGCUCGUCUGGGCGCCGAAACGCGCAACUUCUUGAGAGCGUUGGGGAGCUUUCUGAGCAGCUUACCGAGCUGGGGCCGGGAUCGGAUCCUUAUGGCCCCCUCUUCCACGGGACCGCGGCUGCUCCUCCGGCUCCUUCUGCGGGACCCACGGUUGCAACCUUGCGGAGAAAACUGCCAGUGCAGGCACUCCGCCUCAAGAUCACAGGCCGUGGCGCGUGGGAUCCUGUCCCCUACCUCGAGGGCCAUCCCGAUCUGCAGAUUGCCUGCUUGGAGCCCAAUGUGCUGUUGCAUGGUGCUGCUCCUCUUCCUGAUGCCGUGCCUGACCUCUUCCGUCUGUUGUACCUCAAGGAUGGCUACGGAGACCAGGUAGACCGACAGGUUGUCCCAUGCUUCGCGGCCAUCUUUCAAGGCGACCACUUAGGGGUUGAGAUAGCCACGGGUUCGCACAGGGCGCUUCUUCAGGAAUCGGGUUUGCUCUCGCCGACCACCGAGGUCCAAGCCGGGAAGCUUUUCCCCUCAAUUUCUUUAGUUGAGGGUUUGGUCAUCGACGACUACAAUGCUAUCAGCAUUGAGCCUGCGACCUCACCUCCUGAGGCCUCCCGUGCCCUCGCUGCACUCGAGACGGCCACCUCAGCCUACCAGAGGCACGGCCUGCUGGGGUCGGUCGAGAAGGACAUUCGACGCUCAGACUGUGCCAGGGUCGCAGGAGCUGAGGUCGAUGCCACUCCGGCCUCUCGUGCCCGAGGAACAGUGCUUGCGGGAGCCCCCAGAGGAAAGAGGCUAUCGCUAGCCUCGGUCUCCUUGACAAUUGCCUCUCCGCCGGCCACCGCCGACUGCCUUCACACUUGCUUGCUCGGGCGGUGGGUCUCGGAGAAGGCUUUUGGGCUGGUGCGAGCGGACCAGCUAGACCCGGCCGACCCAAAGGUCGUCAAGCUCCUCGGCCCCGUCGCUUCUGAGCUUGCGCUGUGUGCAGCUCUGGCCCCUCUCGCUACCGCCGAUCUUGCUGCCCGGUGGGAUCAGACGAUCUACGCCACGGACAGCAGCGAAACAAGGGCCGCUGUCACUGCCGCCAAGGGGAUGGUCUGUUGUACGAUUGCACCGGAGUUUUCUCCACACUUUGAUCUUUGCGAGCCUUUUCUGCUCAACUGGCUGCUUCACAUGCUUGAGGCAGGCCGCCUGGAUGCUUUGGCCAUCGGGCCUCCCGGGCCCUCUUUUUCCGCGGCGCGUGUGCCGCCUCUCCGCACCACCAGCAAACCUUUCGGUGACACUAGGUCUGCCCGGGCACUUCGAGACACCAAGCUUCUGCUCCGGGCCCUUUUAGUCUUCAGAGUCGCUCGUCGGGUCGGUUCUGCAUGUAUGAUCGUCUGUCCGGGCAACUCAACGGCACCUUACCUACCGGCUUGGCGUGCUGCUGCGUGUGGGGGAGGUGUCCUUCAGGUUAGGACACCCCGUGAGCCCAAGCGACGGCAAGGCUGGUCUCAUAAGGCGCGUGCGGGUCCUGGCCCUGCUUCUCUGCUGACUCUCUCCACCGGCCUUCCUGCACGGGCCCUGGAGACCGCCUCCCCUGGCUAUGAUGCCCAGCCCGGUGAGUGCGAUGAGCUACCAGCUCCCAGAGCUACAAAGUAUCGCGACGCGCUCGCCGAGGUUUUCUCUCGAGGCCUUCUUGCCCUUCGGGAGCGCCGGCUGCAUCACGAGCUUGAGGCUUUUGGGCUCGAGAGUCCGCUGGUCAAUGAUGUUGCUCAGUCGCUGUUCUGGCGCCCGUGUGCAGCGUGGAACUGGCCCUUGCUUCUCUUCCCCGACUGCGACGCUGGGCCGCCAACUGGGAACAAGGGCGACCAGGCCCGACUGGAAGUGAGGAGGGAGAGGCCGCUCCCCGAAGGCCGGCCGGUCGAGAAGAGCACAGACUUUGAGAGACGCUUUGUGGAAGAUUUUUAUGGGCUGGGAAUCCUUGCCCUGGCCUGGGGAGGCCUGGCGAGGUUUACUGCAGCGCGACACCAAGCCCUGCGGGUCGACCAGCCGCAGCUUAUGAGGACUAUUGAACUGGCUUUCAAGCAGAAGAGCCCUCACCAGAAGUUGUGGCCGAUGUCGCCGGGCACUUUUAGGCAACGCUUCUUUAAGCUGGGGCCCGCUUUUGGGCUGGAUACCAUCCCCCCUCACGUGGUGAAGCCGCUUGACUUGGGUUCGUUGCGUGCUGGCGGCGCGACGUGGCUGCUACAGACAACAGAGAACGGCGAGCUCGUCAGGAGGCGAGGCCGCUGGCUAAAUCAGAAAAUUAUGGAGAUCUACGUGCAGGAGGUGUCCUCUAUUCUGUUUUUGCCUCGGCUGCCGGACGAUAUCGCCCAGCGCAUUUUGGAGACGAUGCGCCUUUUUCCGGAUAUGCUCGCUACUGCGGAGGUUUUCCACAGCAGCGGCUAUCCAGCAACUACCUGGUUCACUUUGGUUUCCCGGUCCUGCCUACGGCUGAGCAUUGAAACUCAUGUACGGCUGAAGCAUGCCCUCCCGCCGCUCCCGCCGCCCGUAGGCAUGGCAUACUGCAGUUACUCCCCCAUCAAUUGCUGCAGCAGCGACGACCAGCGUUCAUUUCAAGGACAAGACCAAGAAGAUCUCAAGCAAUCCUGCAAGUUCGAUUACAUUCAACGGCGCCAUAUUUCAUGUGCCCAGCUGGUCAGUAGGUGCACUGCCAACUUCGAGGCAACGUCCCUGUCUUUGGUGACCGAGGGGUGCGCCAACAUCGGUUACCGCCGAGACGGGUUGUCGGUAGAUAGCUGCCCGCAACGGCACGCCGCGCCAGCAAGGGGAGAAUCAGAAGCGCCUGAUGGCUUAGUUGGCGCGGUUGAAGAACAAGGGCCUAUCGAAAAGAUGGCGAACUCGAUUCCGCCCAUUCCAGGGGUGGAGCCACGCCAACUGCUGAAGGCUGGUUGGACCGUCAUCGGCGGCAGUCCUGCUGCAAAGGUGGCACACUUCCCGAAGACUUUUCGCACAUCUGUUGAGGCGGCAGCCGACAGCGAUGUCGAGCCAUACUCGGUUGCGAAAACCAAGAAGGAUGAAAAGGACGAGGCAGAGUACCAGGAGGCCGUGAAAGCAGUCCCCGCAAUGCCCGUCCUGAACGGCUGCAGUGAAGAACGUGUGACCAAGACCAUGAAAGUGAUCCUCCAAAGUGCAGCCCUGAACUGCGACAUCAUGUCGCUGGGCGCGGAUCGCGAUGCCGAGAUGCUCGCCUACACGGGGGGCUCCACCCAGUGCGAAACGCGGUACACAAUGUGCUGGAGCAAGACAAUGGCUUGGAUCCAGUGGCAGAUAGCGGAACAUGUGAAGGAGCUACGCCAAAGCCACCCCGAGUGCAUCAUAAAUGUGAUCGCCUGGUGGGCUGGCAACGAGAUCUCCGGCCAAUGGGGAUGCAUUCCAACGCGAACUUCUCCCGGAUUGGCUAUCGUGACCCCGCUGCCACGACGGAUAUGGUUGCCAAAAAGGUGCGGAGGUCUGCCGAUGCUUUUUUAG